AUGCCCAUCCAAACCCGUCCCACAAUCGAAUCCGACGUCCCAGCGCUGGCCCUGAUCAACAUCGACUGCUUCAGCCACCACGAAUACUGGCACAAUGCAUUUCCCUCGAUGGAUCCCGCGCGAACAUACCCAUUGAAAUUUGCACGAUGUCUGCAGAAGCUCGACUCGAUGGACGAACAUGUCUUCACUGCCGUGGAUAGCACCACCGGUCGAAUUAUCGGCUGGUCCAGAUGGACGAUCCCCGGCAGUGCCGACGCGCGGGUACCGCUCUCCGAGGAAGCGAAGAUGAAAAUCACCCAGAUAGAGAGCGUCAUACCUGAGGGCACAAACCGCGCCCUGUAUGAUGAUUUUUUUACGACACUGAAGGAGACGAGGGCGCUGAAUAUGGAGAUUGAUGAUAUUGCGCUGGAUUAUAUCGCCACAUCGUCUGAAUAUCAAAGGAAAGGCGUGGCUACUAAACUCCUGCAAUGGGGGAUGGAUUAUGCGGAUGAAAAUGAUGUCCGGAUUUAUCUGGAGGCGACCCCAGAGGGUUACCCGUUGUAUCGGAAGUAUGGAUGGCGGAAGGUGGAGGAUAUCGUGCUGGAUUUUGAACCGUUUGGGGGAAAGGGCACGGCGACGUAUAUCGUGAUGACGAGAGAGAGGAAGUCGAAGAGGUCAUAA